GUAAAACCUGUGAUGACAGUGAUCAAAUCCAGGAGCCAAGGCAGUGGCUCUUGGCCCUUCUUUUCUAGCGACAGGACAGACACUGAAAGUCUGAUUGCUUCAUGGUAAGAGUAGAGAUUUGCUUGGCGCUGGUCACUAGUUCCGCAGAGCGCGAAGGGCAGUGCAUGGCGAAGAGAAUACGGGCAGGAAGAAGGAGCAUAGACCAGCUUUCUCUUACUAGGCUUUGCUGACUGCAUAGCCCCAUUUUCUUACCGGCCUGCACAAGUUUACAAUAAUUUUUAGCUUUUGGGAACCAACUGAUCAUGGCGGAAUCAUCGGGAAGCGGCGUCCACCAGUUCAACAACAUCUUUUUGUCCAUGAGGAGCGGCCUGAACCCGGGUCAGCUCAAACUGCACUCCGGCGGCCUCACUUGGAAGAAGAGCGGAGGUGGCAAGGAGGUCAAUGUCUCCCGCAACGAUAUCUCCAGCCUCAUGUGGCUUAGGGUUCCGAAGGGUUUCCAAUUGGCCGUGAAGUCCCGGGCAGGGUCCAAGGUCAAAUUCAAUGGCUUCCGGGAGCAGGAUGUGAAAGCCCUGACUCCCUUCUUGACGAGCACGUACAAGAUCACGCCCGAAGAUAAGCAGCUGGCCAUUAACGGACGGAAUUGGGGGGAGGCAGAGAUCGACGGCAACAUGCUGUCCUUCAACGUGGGGUCGAAGCAAGCGUUCGAACUGGCGCUCUCAGACAUUUCGCAGGCUACGAUCCAGGGCAAGAACGAGGUCGUUCUGGAGAUGCACGUCGACGACACGUCGGGAGAGCACGAGAAGGACACGCUGAUCGAGAUGAGCUUCCACAUCCCUCCAACUAACACGACAUACAUCGGCGACGAGGAGCGCACGUCCGCGCAGCGCUUUUACGAGCGGAUCCUUGAGCGGGCGGACAUCGGACCGUCGACUGGGGAGGCGGUGGUCACAUUCGACGAGGUCGCGAUCUUGACACCAAGGGGACGGUACCAAGUGGAGCUGUGCUUGGGCUUCCUGCGGCUGUCGGGGCAAGCCAACGACUUCAAAAUUCAGUACCCCAACAUUGUCCGCAUCUUUCAGCUUCCCAAGCCCAAUCUCCCGCACACUAUGAUUGUGAUCACGCUCGACCCCCCAAUCCGAAAGGGCCAGACCUUCUACCCGCACAUUGUCCUACAGUUCCCAAGCGAAGAGGAGAUCUCCGUUGCUCUCGACAUCGAGGAGCAGCUCCUUGAGACCAAGUACAAGGACAAGCUAGAGCCCACCUACAAGGGCCUGACAUACGACGUCUUCUCGCGGAUUCUGAAAAACCUGGCGGAUUCCAAGGUCACCAAGCCUGGGCAGUUCAAGAGCCACGGCGACCAGUCAGCGGUCAAGUGCUCGUACAAAGCGGAAGAGGGUUUCUUGUACCCGCUCGAGAAGAGCUUCUUCUACGUGCAUAAGCCGCCCAUCCUAGUUCUUCACGACGAGAUCGAAUACAUCCAGUUCGAGCGGCACUCUGCGUCGGCGUCAAUGGGGACCCAGGCGAAGACGUUCGAUCUACUGGUGCACUUGAAAACGGAGGCAGAGCACCAAUUCCGGAACAUCCAGAAGACGGAGUACUCGACGCUCUUCAACUUCAUCCGGGCCAAACGUAUUAAGAUCCUCAACUUAGCGGAAAACCAGGACCGAGGGGGCGGCGCGGUUGGGGCGGCCGCGGCGCUCGAUUUGGAGGAGGAAGAAAUGGACCCGCAUCUGGCGAGGAUCAAAAACGCGCGGGAGGGGGGGCCGGCGAUGGUCGGGGAGCAGGACGAUGACGACAGCGAUGACGAGGACGAGGACUUCAAGGGGGGCGCGGACAGCGACGGCGGCAGUCCGACGGAUAGCUCGGACGAGGAGGGGUCGGACGCAUCCGAAGACGCGGGGCCGAAGCGGAAAGCGGCGCCCAAAGAAAAGACGCCCGCCAAGAAAAAGAAGGCGGAGAAGCCGGAAAAAGGAAAAGACGAAAAGAAAAAGAGGAAGAAGAAGGACCCCAACGCGCCCAAGAAGUCGCUCAGCGGUUUCAUGUUCUUCUCAAAGGCGGAACGCGAGAGGCUGAAGAAGGAAAAUCCGACCCUUCCCUUCACGGAGAUUGGCAAAGUGUGCGGCGAGAAGUGGGGCAAAAUGUCGAAGGACGAUAAGGCCCCUUACGAGGAGCAGGCCGCGGCCGACAAGGGGCGCUACAAGGAGGCCCUUGCGCAGUACGAAAAGAACAAGAAGCAAGAGCCAGCGCCAGUGGAGGAAUCCGAGGAGGAAGAGGAAGAAGAGGACAGCGAUUAGGAAGGAAUAAUGCUGACAGUAUGAGCAUUAUCAGCUUGUUGAAUAGACGCCCUGCGGUUGUAUGGUGGACAGCUGAAGUCACAAGUUCCUGUCGUCCCUCCAAAGUCGCGCCUGGAGGAUUGAAUCUUUUGCGCAUGCGAAUCGGUUCUCGUUGCAUGAGGGUUUGUGCUGUGGUCAAAUCUGGAGCAAUAAGAGCAUGAGGACUUCUUCUAGAGCCGAAUUGAAGCACAAGUUGAUUGGUUCGUCAUGCCACAGACGAUCACAUCUCGUCUCAACACCGUUUAGAGGACCGUGGUCUGUUAAUUGUAUCAUGUACCUAGG